AUGUAUUUUGGACAAGCAGGAGAUCUUUGUAAAUACGGACGGCUUUAGCGAGCUUUUUAGAUCCUGGUUUGAUGUCACCACUUUGGCACACUGAGAGAAGAGGGGGCCACAUAUGUCAGUGGUUUAAAUAAGACAUGUUCCACCUGUCACUUCACAAAGCUCUAAUCAUUGAUACCAGAUCUAGAGCUGCUGGUCUUAAUUUUAUGGAUUUGACAGUGAGAUGCAUGCAGAGAUGUCCUUGUGAUUUAUUGGUUUGAGUAGACGAAACCGAGUUUAUUAAUAGGCAGUGAAAUCUGAGACAAAUAAAGCCGUUUUGUGGUUUUUAUAACAUCAACAAAUGUAAAUAUUUUUUAUGACUAUCUGUUGGUGUUUGCAGCACACUGAAAGCACGAUACAUCCCUUAAAUCCUCUGGCAUUGUUUCCACCUUUGACUUCCACAUACGUGUCACCCACAUGCAGAGAGGCAUUAAAAACGCUGGUUCUUUUUUUAUUUUUUGCAUUAAGGGUCAAAAAGGUCUCUCUUUUCCUUUCCCAGGGCAAACAUGUGAAGCUCUUUCUGAGCUGCUGCAUCAUUGCACAGCUAUUGCAAAGCCAGUGGCCAUCCACGCCGUGUCACUCAAAACAGUGUUGGAGCUAUGGGCAUUUUUGCGGGCUAAAGUCAUGUCAUCUGAGAUGUUUAAUUGGCCCCGGACUACCACAGGGGGCCAGCAGACGGCAUUCCUCCACUGCCUGCCAGCCUCUAUGUUACUCCUGGACGCGUGGCUGCAGUCUGUGGAACCGUGCGUGCGAGCCCACGCAAACCUGAGCCGCAGGGCUUUUUCAUUACCAGUGAAGUGGAUGUCUCCAAACAACUCCAUUUGAAUGUAGUUUUUUUUCAGGAGAAGCUGUCCUUUGGUGAAUUAAAAAUUAAAUACAGCUUGAGGACAAGAAGCUGGCUCUCUGUUAGCUCUGACCACAUUUUUUUAGGGAUGUUAACCGGAUUCUGACGGGAAUCAGAAGCUUUCUGUGGGAAGGGAAUCCUUACUGUACGGAAAGUUCUGUCUCCAGUUCCAGUUCGUGCUGUUUAAGGAAUAAAUGAUCACCUCAACCAGAAGAGUGUCUCCCGAUAAAUCUGAAGUUAGAAUCGCCUUCAGCCUUGAUGAUGCAUCAGGUGUUAAAGAUGUGGAGGAUUCUUCACAAACCUUCCCUGAUCUUGAACAGCGCCUACAGCCAGUGCCACCAUGUUCGACUCUGAGGGAGAGCGUUCAAGUGUAUAAGGAACACUGCAGGAUGGCGAGGGAGUUUCACCAGGUCAAACAUGAGAUCGCUGUGCUGGAGGAGCGCAAGCGAAAGCUGCUGGCGGAUCUAGUGGAGGACGAGAAGGUGGCCGUCGAGAUUGCUCGUUUGGAAGAGGAGUUUCGGCGCCUCACAGAGGAGAACCAAACCUUGGUGACUGUCCACAAAGAGCGCACUCAACAGCUGGAGAGGCUCUGCCUCACCGGACGGAUGAGGCAAGACUCCUCGUGACCUCGUGACCGCACACUACCUGAGACCACCAAACAUCCGGCUGACAUCAGGCCAGCAACCAGAAAUAAAAGUUCCACUAAAACCCGCUCUACACAAUCUAUGAAUCAGCUAAUUACACAGAAACACUAAGGCUGGCUUAUAUUUGAGUCUGAGUCACUUGUUCAAACCACAGACGUGCACUUAUCAUCAGCUUUAAGCUGUUAUGAUUGUUUUUUACCACCUGAUGACACAGUGCGACCUUUCUGGAUGCUGUUUUGGAUGUAUAUGGUCUUGCAGAGGAAGGACCAGCAGAUACUAAUGCAAGUUAACAGAAAAGUUAUCAGAUCUUAAUUCUGCUUUAGGUCUUGUAGAAGCCAGAAGAGGUGAGAUGUGGUCCAAGUGUUAUAAUCUAAAACCCCUUUCUUCUAAAAAGAUGAGUAUGUAACACUGAGAGUUCUAGGCCAAAAAGAGAGGAUCAUAAAAAAAAUAAUUUCACCAUAUUUCCUCAAAUUACAGCACUGAAUAAGAUGUAUAUUUUUUGAUUGGUAGUAUGAAUCUGUAGAAGAGGAAUUAUAAAAAAACUGUUGCUUUUCUGUUGCAUAUCUUAAAAUAAAAG